GCCAUGUUGGGGAGCCCACAGUCCCGGCGGAGCGCUGAAGAUGGCGGCAGCUGCAGCAGUUGGAGCCAGGCAAAAUUAUUACGGGACUGAGGGCCGAGCCCCAAAACGACAGAAAACCGACGGAACCGAGGAAAGCGUGGCGGCCACAGCGGAAGGCUACGAGGACCCUCACAAGACACCGGCAUCCCCGGUGGUCCAUGUGAGGGGACUAAUCGAUGGCGUGCUGGAAGCAGACCUUGUUGAAGCUCUUCAGGAGUUCGGGACCAUCAGUUAUGUAGUGGUAAUGCCCAAGAAAAGGCAGGCUCUAGUAGAGUAUGAAGAUAUCCUGGGAGCCUGCAAUGCUGUUAACUAUGCCGCAGACAACCAGAUCUAUGUUGCUGGACACCCAGCAUUUGUCAACUAUUCCACCAGCCAGAAGAUCUCUCGUCCAGUGGAUUCAGGGGAUGAUUCCAGGGGUGUCAACAACGUUCUUCUCUUCACCAUCCUCAACCCAAUAUACUCUAUCACAACGGACGUGCUGUAUACCAUCUGCAACCCAUGUGGCCCUGUCCAGCGCAUCGUUAUCUUUAGGAAGAACGGUGUCCAAGCAAUGGUUGAAUUUGAUUCUGUGCAAAGUGCUCAGCGAGCAAAGGCUUCAUUGAAUGGAGCCGACAUCUACUCUGGGUGCUGCACUCUCAAGAUAGAGUAUGCUAAGCCCACAAGACUUAAUGUUUUCAAGAAUGAUCAGGACACCUGGGAUUACACCAACCCUGCCUUGAGCGGACAAGGUGACCCUGCUGCUAACCCCAACAACAAGCGCCAGAGAAACCCACCAUUACUGGGAGAUCAUCCUGCAGAGUAUGCAGGGGGUCCUCCUCACGCAGCCUACCAUGGUCAUUAUCAUGAAGAAGCAUAUGGUCCACCACCUCCACACUAUGAAGGUCGCAGGAUGGGACCUCCUCCAGUUGGAGCUCCACGCAGAGGAGGUGGCCCUGCACGCUACACUCCUCAGUAUGGACACCCGCCACCUCCACCCCCAGAGUAUGGCCCACACGCUGAAAGCCCUGUUCUGAUGGUGUAUGGCCUGGAUCCCAGCAAGAUGAAUUGUGACCGUGUGUUUAACGUCUUCUGUCUUUAUGGCAAUUUGGAGAAGGUGAAGUUCAUGAAGAGUAAGCCAGGGGCUGCCAUGGUGGAAAUGGCUGAUGGAUAUGCUGUUGAUCGGGCACUCACUCACCUGAACAAUAAUUUCAUGUUUGGACAGAAGUUGAGCGUUUGUGUGUCUAAGCAGCAAUCCAUUGUACCAGGACAGUCGUAUGGCCUUGAGGAUGGCUCCUGCAGCUUCAAAGUGUUCAGCGGCUCCCGCAACAAUCGUUUCUCCUCCCCAGAACAGGCUGCCAAAAACCGCAUCCAACAACCAAGCAACGUGCUGCACUUUUUCAAUGCACCCCCAGAGGUGACUGAACAGAACUUCUUGGAGAUUUGUGAAGAGCUUGGAGCAAAGAAGCCUGCAUCGAUCAAAGUUUUCUCUGGAAAGAGUGAGCGGAGUUCUUCUGGUCUGCUGGAGUGGGAAAACAAGAGUGAUGCUCUUGAAACUCUCAGCUUCCUUAAUCACCACCAGAUGAAGAAUCCCAAUGGACCUUACCCUUACACCCUGAAGCUGUGCUUCUCCACUGCCCAGCAUGCUUCCUAACACCGGACGCAGCUAAACCUCUGCCAUCAUAGUUUAAUAUAGUUUGUCUCCUCAUGGGAGACACUUUUUAUGUUUGUUUUUUUUCUGUGACUUUUUUUAGAAAAAAAAUCUAAUUGUACAUUUGUGCUGGUGAACUUGCACAUCUCAAUAAAAUUUUGAGGUAUUA